ACCCUAGCUAGCCUUUGCACGGAGCCAAUGGAGGCAGGCUACCCGGGCGCGGCGAACGGAGCUGCGGCCGACGGGAACAACGGUGGCACGCAGGCGGCGGCGGCGCCGGCUAUACGGGAGCAGGACCGGCUGAUGCCGAUCGCGAACGUGAUCCGCAUCAUGCGCCGCGUGCUCCCGGCGCACGCCAAGAUCUCGGACGACGCCAAGGAGACGAUCCAGGAGUGCGUGUCGGAGUACAUCAGCUUCAUCACGGGGGAGGCCAACGAGCGGUGCCAGCGCGAGCAGCGCAAGACCAUCACCGCGGAGGACGUGCUCUGGGCCAUGAGCCGCCUCGGCUUCGACGACUACGUCGAGCCCCUCAGCGUCUACCUCCACCGCUACCGCGAGUUCGAGGGGGAGUCCCGCGGCGUCGGCGUCGGCGUCGGGGUUGGCGCCGCGCGCGGCGACCACCACCACCACCACCACCACCACGUUCACGCCGCUGGGAUGUCGCCGAUGCUCAAGCCCCGAGCGCAGGGAUCCAUGGCGACCCACCACGACAUGCAGAUGCACGCCGCCAUGUACGGCGGCGCAGUGCCGCCGCCGCCGCAGCCUCCUCCGCACCACCACGCGUUCCUCAUGCCGCCGCACCACUCCCAGUACGCGCCGUACGAUAUGUACGGCGGAGAGCACGGGAUGGCAGCGUACUACGGCGGGAUGUACGCGCCCGGCACCGGCGGGAACGGCGGCGAUGGGAGCGGCAGCAGCGGCAGCGGUGGCGCCGGCACGCCGCAGACCGUCAACUUCGAUCACCAGCACCCCUUCGGAUACAAGUAAUAACUGCAGCAGUCUGCGUCUGCAUGCGCGUAUCGCAUGCAUAGCUAGUGCAACUGGCUAGAGCUUAACCAGCUAAAAACUUCAGACUUAGUCGUGUGUUGUUUAAUUAAUUUGCAACAUUC